AUGAAGCUCGCGGAGUGUGCGCAUGCGUGGAGUGUGCGCUUUUCGGGCAGUCAUCUAGUGGUCGCGGCGGCAUUCGUGUUUUCGUGUUGCAACGUAGCGAGUUUUCAGGCCCCAAUCUUAUGGCGUCGGAGAGGGGAUCACGGUUUGGCGGAAAAAUUUCUGGUACGAUGUAUCGCACACUUCGAGGAAUCGGAACUUGUACAUUUAUCAGAGAAUUUGAAUCGUUUGGAAUGUUUACAACUGGUGAAAGCUAUGUACGAUUUAACGCCAGCGAAUAUAGAAGAUGAAAGGAGCAACUAUGAGGUGUUAUACCAAGGAUCUAAUCAUUUAUCGACCAAGUCAAAGGAAUGUCUUGCCGAACUUGAACACUGGAAUAAUAAUUUUCCAACAAAUACGAAACCCAAUGGACGUUCUGCGAUGGAAAUGACGCUAAGGUGGUUGGGACGGCCUGAUUUAGCGAAAUACGUGAGAGAAAAUCAUAGAACGGUUAAUUACAUGGAUACAGAGAAUUACGAUAAGGCCGACACGUUAGAAUUUCCAGGACACAGGGUAUCGAGGAGGCAUGCCCCUAAAAAGGACAAACAUUCUUCCAAAACCGGAAAGAAGAAAAAGAAAACCAAGAAACGAGGUCAUCGUGAACACCCUCAGAAUUCUGGAAAAAAAGAUAAGGGACUUCAGAAAGCAGUCGCUGCCACAGCAGGACACGCUACCGCCCACCGAAGUCGCGAAUUGAACAAGACAGACAAUCAAUCACAGAACAAGAACGACUACGUUGAACAGCACCGAUCGAUAUUUUGUUCAAUUCUGUGCGUUCUGUUUUUUCUAAUCCUUUGUCUUGUCGCCGUCUACUUCCUUCAUAGGCGAAAUCGUUUGAAGGCACGUGGUACGAGAUUCAAAUACGACAAUUCUGUGAAGAAAGAAAAUAAAGAUACUCUUACCGAUCGUUUGGAGUGGAACGACGAAACGGUAUGUUCGUGCUCGGACGUCGAGGACGGAUAUUCGGGAAAAUGUAUGAUGUGUGGUGGAAAUUAUCAAACACACCACACGAAACCUCGUCGAAAUGAUUCUCAUGAUUCUAUGAAAGAUUCAAAAUCAAUGCCCGUACAAAAAAUACGAAAGAAGAAGAAGAGGGAACGAUUUAGUUUUCUUCCGAGAAAUUUUCACGAUAGGAAAAGGGGAAAAGAUCAGGAAGAUCGGGAUAGGAAGAAAACUUUGGAGAAAUCUCUUAUGAAGAAACGCGAAAAGGUUUCGAGUACUUGUUACGGAGACUACGAACAGUGUUUAUGUUGCAAAUGUAAUUUAAGUUACACGGAAAGGAUGCUCCGCGAGAAACUGGAGGAAAGAAGAGAAUUACAUAAAUUAAGAGCAAAGAAAAGAAAGGAAGAGAAAAGGAGAAAAAGAGAAAUGCAAAAAGCAGAAAGGCAUGCAAAUGUGUGUUUUAAAGAUGUAUCUAAAUGAAUUACUAUUUGGCUUUUUCUAUUAUUGUUUUAAAACGAACAUUAAAGAAAAUUUGAAAAGCAGAAAUUUUUCAAAAAUAUUGUCUGCGAUGAAUAAGAUUUUUAUAAUUAAACAGUAUUUUGUAAUUUACAAAAACAGUAAUUUACACAAGUUGUCUUGUGCUAAUUUUGACUGAUUUUUAAUAGAAUAGAAUCAAAUAAGCCUCUUUCCACAGCCUCUAUUUUCCCUAGGAAAAAAGUGGCCGCAGUGAAAAGUGUUCCAGAAUGAGUUGUUAUCGCUAUUGCUUUCACCAUUAUCAUUUGAAAAUUAGUAGGAAUACAAUUUGUUCCUUAGAAUUUUAGAAUUGCUGCAAUAUCAUGCCUGAGUAUCACACAGGAAUCUGAAUCAUCGAAGGUCAGCGGUAUGAGUCAAAGAAUUGUAUUCAUAGAUAAAAGAAGACUAUUAUUGAAAAAAGUCCAACAGUGUAUUAAACGUAAUCGAUAUUAGUAUCGAUUUCAUAGUGCAAAGCGUGCGUUUAUUAGUUUAUCGAUAUUAGUUUAUCUAAUUGUAAAUAAAAAAUGCUUGAUAUUAUUAUCAUUGACAUCUAAUCUAUUAUAUAUAUACUGUCUAGGUAAAGAUAUAAGCAAGAUAACAAGAAGAUGUAGUAAUUGUAGUCCAGCAAUCAGAACUGCAGCCUGGGGUGCACAUUGUGCAAGAAAAAUGCAAUUAUCGCCCACGUACAAGCGAUAAGUUGAUACAACGUACUUAUACAGGAGAAAUGAAAAUUCCUGAUACUAUACGUACAGUGUCAAUCCAACCAGAAACAAGUAUUAAUUCCUUCGGACCAAGUGAAACGGUUGCUCCUGAUAAAACCACCCCACUCGCUGAGGCAAGGACCAUCCAAAUGACGGUUCUUGAAAAAAGGCAAUUUUUAGGAAUUAUUUUUUUCAAACGAAGAUAUCAGUGUAAAAUAAGUACUUAUUUUUUCGAGUUGGUUCCACAUUCCUGGAAAUUAUGUUUUCAAAAAAAUACGAACAAAUAUUUAAUAUUAAUAUGCCGGUAUCAGUUCAACCAGAAACAAUUGUUAAUUC